CGCAGAGCUACUGGUCCUACCUCUAGCUGUCCUACGUACUGCCUGAUGGCAGACAGAGUGCCACCAGUUAUCUAUUGUAGCGCACUCUGCAUACUUAGCCAAGUAACUCUAUGUGUACAGUCCGCAUUAGUCGCAUCAUUGAAUGACGGUGUGUCGCUUCCUGACAGGCGGUGCGACAGGUGCCUGAGUUGCGGGGUCCUGGUGCAGGAGUCGUGCUAGCAGCGGCGGAGUGUUUACAGAUUCAAAGAAACUGAAUACUUACAGAUAUUCUUCAUGCAUUGAAACAACCAUGCAAUUCUUCUGGAAUUUGGAAUAACUGGAUAACUGUUUAUCAGUUUCUGUGGAACCAGGUAUUAAUAAAGAAUGAAAAUGUUUGUUUUGGUUGAAUAAUGCCAGCAGAGCGUAACAAUCCAAGCAUGGAAGAGAGAGAAUCUGCCUCCAUGUCAAAGGAGAGAGACUGCCCUGAGAAGAGACCGGCCAACAGCAGAGAGCGAGCCAAAGAUGAUACAAGGUUGGGUGGCAAGAAAGACCAAUCUAAAGUCACUGAGGAUAAAAAGAAGAAAACUGAUGAGGACAGGCGUAAGAAGGAGGAUAAGGAUAGUAGGAAGGAGGAGGAUUUAGGGAAAACUGAAGAGGAUGAAAAACACAUGGAAGAGGAUAAAAAGAAGCUGGAUGAAGAGCUUGGACAUAAAGAACAAGCUGUGAUCCAAUUAAAAGAAAAAGAAGAAGCGCAUCAACUGCACCAGGAAGCCUGGGAACGACAUCAGGCCAGGAAAGAACUUCGCAGUAAGAAUCAGAAUGCUCCAGAACACCGGCCAGAGGAGCACUUCUUUAGCAAGCUGGACUCUAGUCUGAAGAAAAACACUGCCUUUGUGAAGAAACUUAAAACCAUUACUGAGCAGCAGAGGGAUUCCUUGUCACAUGAUUUCAAUGGCCUUAAUUUGAGCAAGUACAUUGCAGAAGCUGCAGCUUCUAUAGUAGAAGCAAAAUUGAAAAUUUCUGACGUUAACUGUGCAGUUCACCUGUGUUCUCUCUUCCAUCAGCGGUAUGUUGAUUUUGCCCAGUCUCUUCUACAGGUUUGGAAAAAACAUUUUGAGGCCCGCAAAGAAGAGAAAACACCCAACAUAACUAAACUGAGAACAGAUUUGCGUUUUAUUGCUGAGUUAACCAUUAUUGGCAUCUUCACGGACAAAGAAGGUCUUUCUUUAAUCUACGAGCAACUGAAGAACAUCAUUAAUGCUGAUCGAGAGUCUCACACUCAUGUUUCAGUAGUUAUUAGCUUCUGUCGUCAUUGCGGUGAUGAUAUAGCAGGUUUGAUUUCAAGAAAGGUGAAGUAUGCAUCUGAAAAAUUUAGUCUAAACUUCCCACCAAGUGAGAUCAUCAGCCCAGAGAAGCAGCAGCCUUUUCAAAACUUGCUGAAGGAAUACUUCACAUCUUUAACAAAGCACCUGAAAAGGGACCACAGAGAGUUGCAGAACACAGAGCGCCAAAAUAGGCGCAUCCUUCACACAAAGGGAGAACUGAGCGAAGACAGACACAAGCAAUAUGAAGAGUUUGCAACAUCUUAUCAGAAAUUGUUGGCAAACUCGCAAUCUCUUGCUGAUCUUCUGGAUGAGAAUAUGCCUGAACUUCCUCAAGAUAAACCUGUACCAGAAGAACAUGGGCCUGGCAUUGACAUUUUUACACCUGGAAAAUCUGGUGAUUACGACUUGGAUGGAGGUAUCUGGGAAGAUGAAGAUGCCCGUAACUUCUACGAAAACAUGAUUGACCUUAAAGCUUUUGUCCCUGCAAUUCUGUUUAAAGAUAAUGAAAAAAGCACCCAAGGCAAGGACGUUGGUAAAGAUGAGUUAAAAGAUUCCAAGGAUUGUAAAGAAAGAGAUGUAUCCACGACUGAGGAGUUAGAAUUGGAAUUGGAGACUUUGGAUAUAAAUGAUGAUACAAUGGAGCUGGAAGGUGUUGAGGAAGCGGAAGACCUCACUAAAAAACUUCUUGAUGAGCAAGAACAAGAAGAUGAAGAAGCCAGCACCGGGUCUCAUUUGAAGCUCAUUGUUGAUGCCUUCAUCCAGCAGCUGCCCAAUUGUGUUAAUCGUGAUCUGAUAGAUAAGGCUGCAAUGGAUUUCUGUAUGAAUAUGAACACCAAAGCAAACAGAAGGAAACUGGUUCGCGCACUUUUCAUUGUUCCCAGACAAAGGUUGGAUCUGUUGCCAUUUUAUGCAAGGUUGGUUGCUACCUUGCACCCAUGCAUGACGGACGUUGCAGAAGACCUUUGUUCUAUGUUGAAAGGGGAUUUCAAAUUUCAUGUGAGAAAGAAGGAUCAGAUCAACAUUGAAACCAAGAACAAGACUGUGAGAUUCAUUGGAGAACUUGCCAAGUUUAAAAUGUUUAGCCGAACAGACACUCUGCAUUGUUUAAAGAUGCUGCUGUCAGACUUUUCACAUCACCACAUUGAAAUGGCUUGCACUCUGCUUGAAACUUGUGGUAGAUUUCUUUUCCGAUCUCCAGAUUCCCACUUGCGAACUAGUGUACUUUUGGAACAAAUGAUGCGCAAAAAACAAGCCAUGCACUUGGAUGCACGAUACGUAACGAUGGUUGAGAAUGCUUACUACUACUGUAACCCUCCCCCAGCUGAAAAGACUGUGAGAAAGAAGCGCCCCCCUCUGCAAGAGUACAUUAGAAAGCUACUCUAUAAAGAUCUUUCUAAAGUUACUACUGAGAAGGUUUUGCGGCAGAUGAGGAAGUUACCUUGGCAGGACCCUGAGGUGAAAGAUUAUGUCAUCUGCUGCAUGAUCAACAUUUGGAAUGUAAAAUACAACAGCAUCCACUGUGUGGCUAACCUUCUGGCAGGCUUGGUGCUUUAUCAAGAGGAUGUUGGGAUUCAUGUGGUUGAUGGUGUGUUAGAGGACAUACGACUAGGGAUGGAGGUUAAUCAGCCAAAAUUUAACCAGCGUCGGAUAAGCAGCACUAAAUUUCUCGGAGAGCUUUACAACUAUAGAAUGGUUGAGUCUGCUGUUAUAUUUCGCACACUGUAUUCCUUUACAUCCUUUGGUGUAAACUCAGAUGGCAGUUCCAGUCCUCUUGAUCCUCCUGAGCACUUAUUUCGGAUCAGAUUAGUGUGCACAAUUCUUGAUACUUGUGGACAAUAUUUUGAUCGAGGAUCCAGCAAGCGCAAACUCGAUUGUUUCCUUGUUUACUUUCAGCGCUAUGUAUGGUGGAAAAAAAAUCUAGAUGUAUGGACAAAAGACUAUCCAUUUCCCAUAGACAUUGACUAUAUGAUAAGUGACACUCUGGAGCUGCUGAGACCAAAGAUGAAACUCUGUAAUUCGUUAAAUGAAGCUGUCCGGCAAGUUCAGGAUCUGGAGCGAGAGUUUCUGGUUAAACUAGGUCUUAUGAUUGACAAAGACUCAAAACAUUCUAUUGCUGAUGGUGAAACUCUGGAGGAUGAAGAUGAUGAAGAGGAGGAAGAAGCUGGAGCAGAGACAGAGGAGCAGUCUGGAAAUGAAAGUGAAAUGAAUGAACCAGAAGAUGAUGAUGCUUCUGAAAAUGAAGAGGAUGAAAGAGAGGAGGAAGAGGAGGAAAAUACAGAUUACAUGACUGACUCAAACAAAGAAAAUGAGACAGAUGAAGAGAAUACUGAGGUGAUGAUUAAAGGAGGAGGGAUAAAACAUGUUCCCUGUGCAGAGGAUGAAGACUUUAUUCAGGCUCUUGACAAGAUGAUGCUGGAAAAUCUUCAGCAGCGUACUGGAGACUCCGUGAAAGUGCACCAGUUAGAUGUUGCCAUCCCUUUGCAUCUUAAGAGCCAGCUGAAGAAAGGACCCAUAGUGGGAAGUGGCGAUGUAGACACGGAGUUCGGUGAUACUAUGCCAUUUGUAAUGCUGACCAGAAGAGGCAACAAACAGCAGUUUAAGAUACUCAAUGUGCCCAUGUCUUCACAACUAGCUGCAAAUCACUGGAACCAGCAGCAAGCGGAGCAAGAAGAGAGGAUGAGGAUGAAGAAGCUCACGCUAGACAUUAAUGAGCGGCAGGAACAGGAGGAUUACCAAGAAAUGCUGCAGUCUCUGGCUCAGCGUCCAGCACCAGCUAAUACAAACCGGGAACGCCGACCUCGGUACCAGCAUCCAAAAGGGGCACCUAAUGCCGAUCUCAUCUUCAAGACAGGUGGCAGGAGACGUUGACGCAGGUGUUAUACCAUUGGGCCCUAUAUCUGACAACAUGGCUAGUGGAGUCUUACAGAUAUUGCGAGAGGUCAGCAGCAUAUCGCAGCAUGUUCAGGAGAGUGAGCUCGAACAGAAACCUGGGACAGGGCUGGGAGCGAGGAGUGGCCGGAACACCAACUUCUGCUUCCAUCCGAUCAGAAGACGUUUCCAGCAUUGACACACAGACACACACAGAGUGAGCACUAUUUGUUGAUGAGCCAUCGCAGUGGCCUUACACAAAGCGGUGAGGUGGAUGACUGUUUAGCAAGCGGCUCAGUUUUUAGUAAAGAGAUUUUUUUUGUAGGGACAUGACUGCAAAUAUUUGUAAAAAUCAUUUGCAAAGUGGGAGAUGUCAGCAGGAAGUUUACAUGAUGUCCUCUGGAGUACAACAGACAGAAAGCUUCACAGUGCAGCUGAUGCUAUAAAAAACAGGCAGACAAAUGGAAAUCUUGAGCGCACGCCAUGUUGUGAUAAUCUUUAGGCGUACAUAAAAACAUAAACCUCUAUUAAAAAAAAAAAAAUGUAAGAUUUAGAUUGUUUUUUUGUGUGAAUAGGAAUAAAGAAGUAAAAUAAGUGGAUUAAAAUAUUGUUGGGGAGUGUUAGCUUUUUGGGAUCCCACGAGGCUGCAGAUGUUUGCUAAUGUGUUGAAUGGAGAGAGUUACUAGAAUUCACAUAAGACAAGUCUUCUGGUUUUGCUGGUGUAACAGUGUGGGAAGUCUAAGCACUGUGCUGAUUUAUCAUACUGCAGAAUGUGUAAAGCAGCUGGUUUUGUCUGUGUGUAUAUAUAUAUUUUGUGAAGACAUAGCACACACAUUUUUAUUUUGAACAGUGAAUAAAUAGAUUAUUUUCUGUUUCUCUUUUGUUGAAAACCAUUUAUUUCCUUUAUCCUGUAAAUAGUCAAUAACAGCACACUUAUGCUUUGUUCAUACACAUUCUUCCUUUUUCUUAUUUUUUUUUUUUUUUUGGGGGGGGGGAUAAUUCUGCAUGUUGGAAAAUGUAAAAUAAACUUGUAAAGUUGUACCAUCUCCAUCAGAAGUGCUUCAUGAUUUUCACCAGCUUAACAAAACGUUUGCCAGCACUGCAAUAAAGUAUUGUAAAUUGUA